UGGCACAAGCACCAGUUUGAAUCAAAACUUCGAUUCAGCCUACACAUCGAACACUGUCUGACAGUUUUUGAGCCUUCGGUCAACAAAGCUAUCCGACAAUCUAGAACUCUCUUGGUCCAGCAAAUCCAACGUGGCCCUCCUACGCAAAGUACGCUAUGGACACAACAAUCUCCACAACCGAAACGUAUAACGACCCUCGUGUCAAGGCAGCCGCCUUUCGAGAACAUGCCGACAUGCCGUAUCUGUCUCGACCUGAAUCUCAGAACAAUAGCAUGACAGUACCGGUGUACGUCUUCACUGAGUUCACCGAGUACGGAAACUACACUCGAGAGACAGUAUACACUCGUCCAUCCACUGAACAGCCAGCUACGACUUCUGAACCCAACUCCUGGAAACGGAAGUUCUCACUCCCCGCACCGAUCAAGAAAGCUCACAGCGAGAAGAAGCGGCCUGCAGACUUAAUGGAUGAAGAACCCAGUCCUCAGCGCUCUCCUGGCUCCGGCUCCAAGAGGUUCUUUCCUGCUUCAUACUUCCAUCGACCUUCGAUCAUCAGACGAAAUGCCUGGAUAGGAAACCCAAAGAGAGAAGAGAUCGGGGAGUGUGAGCAAGCUGAUGCUACAAUGACUGGCAUAGAGCAAUUCGCGUUGCCUGGGCCUGCCCUCGCUGUCCGCGACCCGCAACCCGAGCCUGCGGGUACAACUCAGCAGCGCCCAGUUGAACGUAUUAAUGUGAGUGCCACCCAAGAAGAAAGGCCCCGGAAAAUGGCUCGACUUAGUCCACUUGCAUCUGUUCCCUCGUUGUAAUUCUGUAAGUUCGUUUUUCCCCACGCUUGAAGAGUAUUGUGGCCUCGGAGAAACGGAAGGAAGGAAGGAAGCGAGCGGUCAAGUGAUUAUAUUCUUGAAGAAACUUUGCGAAAAG